AUGAAUUCUAAUUUCCCAAUCAAGGUGUUACCAUAUCCACGAAAUCAACAUUUCUUUGGCCGGGCUGCGGAGCUGCAGCAGUUGUCAGAUUUGCUUGACCAUUCUAAUACGGCUUCAACAAGCCGAGAACCGCGUACAGUUCUGCUAAGGGGUAUGGGAGGGGUUGGAAAGACCCAGGUGGCUUUAGAAUACGCUAAUAUCACAACUCAUUACGAUGCUAUCUUCUGGCUGCGUUGCGAGACAAUGGUAGCACUGGAAGAGUCUUGUAGGCAAGUUGUGCAAGAACUGGGUUUAGCAACAGACCCAGAGUCAAGUGUUCAAAAGACGACUCUGCUCAAGAGAUGGCUCGCAAACACAGACCGGCAAUGUCUCCUUAUUUUGGAUGACCUAGACGAACCUGAGAGAACAUUCUUGGAAAUAUUUCCAUUGAAGCUCAACAAUGGAUCCGUUAUUGCAACAUCACGUCGGAAUGACGGCUUAGACUUCCAAUUCGCUUCGACAUUGGAAGUCUUACCUUUCGAACCAGAAGAAGGAUCCAAGUUUCUUCUUCAUCUUCUUAAUCGCAACAACAGUCUUAGCAACGAAGCCACUAAUGCUCAAGCCGACGCAUCAUUGAAUUUAUCAGAGAGACUCGGGGGUCUUCCGCUAGCUAUAGCUCAAAUGGGAAUUAUGAUAAGGCAGCGUAAGAUGAGCGUCACGAGUUUCCUCUCUUUUUAUGAAAAGUACCAUGAAAAGAUUGAUAGGAAGCAAGGGAGACUUACGAGUACCCAGUACUCAUACAAUCUAGGUUCCGUGUGGCUUCUCAGUUUCAAGACUUUGAGCCACGGUUCAUAUCGGUUGCUGGGGAUUAUAAGUCAUCUUGCUCCUGACUCGAUUCCAGCUGCCUUGCUCUGCGAAGACACAUCAAAAGUCUUCGAGUUCGACGACGCAAUUUUCGAGUUGGUGGCGGGUUCCCUCAUUCGAAAGCAUUCCAAACAUUCCGAAAUGGAUAUAUUUUCUGUCCACCGACUUGUGCAGCAAGCAUUUCGAGAUUAUCUUUCAGAACAAGAGAGAUCAGUUGCUUUUGAUGACACAACUAAAUUAAUUUUCAACGCCAUCCAGGACAAAUAUUUUGGCAACGCGACUCCAAGUGAAGAAACGUUUAAAAUCCUGCGACCGCAUAUCGACCACUUGAAAGCCCUUCCGGAGGCACAAACCUCCGUGACUUUUGAUUCUCUACUGUCUUACACCAAUAAACUUGAAGCUUACUCGCCCGAUGACAAUCAAUCAACCUCAUCUACUGACAGUAUACAGGAUGGAGCGUUUUCUAAUCUUGAUUCGAUUUCUUCUCGGUCUUCCGUUCUCGCCGAAGAGAGAUCAUCUGCGAUAUCCCUGUUGGUUGAGAUUUUCCGAAAGGACAUUGAUCUCGUUGCGUCUUGCAGUCGUUUGCUUUCCAAUGCAAACGAGGAUAAGUUUCAUCGAGAAUUCGGUGAUCUUCUAACCUUAUUCAGCAAAGACCUACUUGCAGAUCCAGUCUGUAAGAUAAAACCUCAUUCUGCUAAUUGGAUAGAGUCACGAAGAUACCUCAUUUCCCAGAACUUGGUUACAUACUUGAAACCACCAAGCGGUAAUUCUCUGACCACUUUACCACCAUGUCAAGAAAAGAGUAGUCUCGUCAUAGAGCGGUACCUAGAGCAACUUGAUCCGGUGGUUGAAUCUGAUGAACCUCCAGUUUCCUUACCUACAACGGAGAAUGCAACUUUCUACCACUCAGAUGACAUUUGGCAUGCAGGAGACGACGAUGAUCAUGAUUUCGAGGAGUGGACUGAGCAUCUUAAAACUUUGGUUUCCAAAUCCUCUGCCUUUGAAAAGCUGAAAACAAACCUGAGCAGAAUGAGCAAGCCCUAUAGAUGCAACAUGAGUGGUUGUGGGAAAAAUGUCGGUUUUUCGACGAUGAGUGAGCUGGCACACCAUAAGGGUUCAAAGCACAAAACACUCUCUGGACUAUCAAGAAUAGGUAAUAUUGACGAUAAGUUGCGGAUCGUCAUUGGUUUCGUCCACUUUUGGACUGCUUACUUGAGGUCGAUUUUCCGCACAAGUCUCAUGGCUACGAUCCAAAGCAGGGAGGAGCCAUGCCCAGCAAACAUGGUGCGAGGCCAGUGGAUAUGCGCUUGCGGGUACGGCAUCGUCGACGACUUUUACGAGAGCGUUCCUGGGAGUGUCGCCAGUGCGAUGCGUGAACUCAGCGCAAACCGAAACUCCGAAUCUUAUGCUACUAACGCAGUACCGAGCAUAAUUACUCGAGAAGCACUUUCUUCGUUGUACGACAGAAUAGGCGUUCUUGCUACCUUUGUUUUGAAAAUCACGACCCGGCUUAGGAGAAAGAUUGGUCUGUCUGGCAGAAAGGAUCGAGUAGAUUCCAGUGAUGCCCAUGAACUAGGCGAGCUGCCUACCGCUAAUUCACUAACUCCCCGCUUCCUACUUUUGUGUAUUACUACGUGGAGAGGAUACGACUUCACACAGAUGGUACCCGUUGAUCUCAAUGUGGCUAGCGAUGAAAUUUUAUUUUGUGAAUUAAAGAAGGCGUAUCAUCGCCGAGCGGGAACAUUGAAAAGGUUACUUUCCUUAUUCUGUAUCCAGGAUAUACGAUUCGUUCGAUUCAUAAUCACUCGAAAUAAGCUAGUGGACAUCGACCUCCAUUCUCGCGUAGAAGGGCGAAUCUUGGAAACAAUACCGCCUGUGAACCAUGGCGAUUACUCUUACGAUCCAAAACCGAUCCGUCAUGAGCCUCCAGUCGGCCACAGGACGAUGAUGCACCGUUACUGUUGUCCAAAGGCUUGUGAUCUCAGUCACUGUCUUAAGCGUUUCCCCGGUUAUUGUCAAGAGCAAGUUCGAAUCCAAGACGAUGCCGAUGAUGAAAUAGCUUGGGGUAUUGAGCUCGUAGAGGGGGCAGAUUUGGCUUAUGCUUGGGUUUUCAUGCUUCUGAUCAUGGGUUCUAGUAUUACAUUUGGUAUUGGGUGGGCUGUGGUCAGAAAGGAUCUUUCUGGCGGUUUUGCUGUUAGUGCAGUUUUGCUGGCGACAUUUACUUGCUUGUUAGGGACUAUGCAAGCAACAUUAAGGACUCUGUAG